AUGAAAGUCACACAACAAGCCAAAAGGUUGAGUUUUUUUGUGUGUGUUCAGGUUCCAAUUGGACAAGAGUUAUGGGUAAAGGCAAGUAGAUAUUCUACAUGUCUAAGUGUCGGCAUUAGUUUGAAAAAGGAGAAAAUAUAUGUCCCUCCCGUUGUUAAGCCACUAGUGACUUUGCCUCCCAUUCGUGUCCCUCCCAAAGUGUCAUACCCUCCCAAAGUGUCGACACCGAACGAGUUCAACUCCGAUUCACAAUUGUUGGAGGAGCGAGUGGAGAAAGUUCAAGGGCAGAACGUGUCAAGAAAGGCGAGGGUUAGAGAAAGAGGUAAGGCGGGAGCAGGAAGUCACUGUGAUUCAAGCGGUAACCUCCUUUAG